AUGGUUAAAGAGAAUUUCUACCGUUCACAGAGAAAGACCAAUCUCUUGAACAUGUACAACAACAAGCCAAAGUAUUCGGCAUACGGUGAAAUUUUGCGACCAGCACACUUUCAAUCAAAACGUGCAAAGGUAGCGGUUAUUCCUCCGAAUUACAAGCUGUUUACGAGCACACGCACUAUCAAUAUGAACGAAAUUACGGAGGAGAAGGAGAAAAGUGCGUACGAAGUGCUAAUAAAGAAGGGACAAAUCCCGUUUUCUAUUUUAAGUGAGCGGAAGGGAAAGACAAAAGUGGAAUACAGGGACAUUUACAAGACGAAGAGGGCUCGUGUGGAGAAUUUGCUGUUUAGCAAACGAGUGGACAAUGAUGAGAACCAGAAUGCUGCUGAUAUCAGCGUGACCGGGAACAGGACCAGGGUGUGUGAGCAGGAUGUUGUUCACGAGGAGGAUGUGCUCAGGCCAGGACGAUCAAAGCGCAUCUGGAACGAAUUGUAUAAGGUGCUAGACACGAGUGACGUGAUUGUGCAUGUACUUGAUGUGAGGUAUCCGAAAAUGUUUCUUUGCAGACAGGUUAUUGAAUAUAUAAGGGCCAACGAGCACAAAAAUAUGAUAAUUGUGCUGAAUAAGGUUGAUCUAGUUCCCACAGCCGUAACGAAGAAAAACAUCGACAUACUAAGCAAACAUUUUCCUACGGUGGCAAUGCACAGCAAAUCGCUUGUCAACUUUUAUGGCAAAAACAAUUUGAUGAAUCUGCUCCGACAGUACAGAAAAAUUCACAAAAAGACGAUUUCUGUUGGGUUUGUGGGAUAUCCUAAUACCGGGAAGAGCAGCAUCAUCAACGUGUUGUUGAACAAGAAGAGCACAAAAACAGCACCUCUUGCUGGUGAAACCAGGAACUGGCAGCAAGUCAAGCUCGAUAAAGGGAUUUAUCUUUUUGAUUCACCGGGCAUCAUAGACAUUAAGGAUAAAUCGGUGAGCAUAGAUGAUUUGGAAUAUUCCUCUGUUCUAAUGGGUGCCGUAAGAGUCGAAAAAAUCAAAGAGCCGGAGAUUUAUGUCAGCCAGCUGGUCAGAAUUGCUAAAGAUGGCUUAGAGAAAAAAUAUAAAAUUACUAUAGAGGAUGAGGAUCUGUUUUUAGAACAGCUUAGUCAAAAGAUGGGGAAGCUGAACAAGAAUGGGCAGGGAGAUGUGCAUCUGGUUGGUAAAAUGGUCCUCAAUGAUUGGGUGCAGGGCAAAAUUCCAUUUUGGGUUGAGGCAACUGAAAUAUCUCUGUGAGGACCAGUCUCUACCGACCUAUAAAUCGGUAACAUCCUUAUAAAUGAUUAUUAAAGUAUGGUUAGCGAA